GGAAGAUCCGGCUCUUUCUCGAGCGGCGCAUCACUAGAGCCGUGACCCGCUGCUCCGGCUAAGCUAGGGAUCAUCGCGAACAGAUGUUCCGUCCAGGAGGCACCGGACACGGAGGCUCUGCGGGACGGUCCGUGUAGUCGGAUGGCCGACCGCCGCGGCAGCAGCAGCGGAAGCAGAAGUAGCGGCAGCGGCGUAAACCAGCCGCCGUCACCCGCGUCUGGGCUGUAAGUUCACCGCAGCUAGCCGGCUGCUAACUGCGCUCAGCGAAAGUGAAACCAGAACCGGAGCUUCAUGGUUUAAAGGCUUUAGGAGUUUUAGCCCCGAAGUUGACGAGAAACAAGGUGUCUCCGCAGUCAUAAAGCUGCGCUAUGGUUGCUUCCUGAGCCCCGGACCGGCGCGCCAUGGACUCCUAAGACUCCUGGUCGUUGGGGACCGGAGGCCGCCGCCAAACCCCGAGCAGAUGGGGAACUGCUGCUGUGAAGCUGAAAGUCCCUGCGGCAGCAUAGAGGAGCGCAGCGUUUUGCUGAAGGACGACUCGAAGACCUCCGGCGCCGGCGACGGCUCAGCAGAUGGCACUUGUGGCCCCGAAGCCGGCGAAGACAUGAGGCGGUCUGAGGUGGCGGAGGCCAAGGAGGAGGUGCAGGUGGAGCAGCCGAAGAGUCUGAGCAAAGGCAGAAAAACCAAAAACUCUCAGGGAAAUGGGCAUUUACAGAAGGAAGGCCUCCAGCAGGCGAGCGCUGCUCCCAGAGAAGAAGAGCGUGCCGCGGGGGAACAACGCGGGGACGCCGCCGCAGAACGAUGCACUUUAACCCAGCUGCAGGAAGACGCGUCCUCGCCCGCUGGCCCCGAGGCUUCGGGCCCCGGCGGGGAGCAGAAAGCAGGAGGAGAUCCGAGCUCGGCGCAGGAAAAGGUCUCAGAUCUCGUCCCGCCGGCGCCCGAGUCCGCCCGCCCAGCAGGAAGCCUCUCCCACCUGGACACAAACAGUCCCGCCGAGGACAAUGCAGCUUGUUCUCACGCCGGUCCUGGAGAAGAUGCUGCCGACGCCAGACCGCCGGAGGAGUCCAGACCGCCGGAGGAGUCCAGACCGCCGGAGGAGUCCAGACCGCCGGAGGAGUCCAGCCAGGACAAUGAGGUGUUCUCUGAGCCAAAGCCUGGGGCGGCGGCCAUCGCUGCGGUCAGCCAGGAGACAGACACUCAGGCUCCCAGCUGGUAAGCUAACCUGUUUGUG